AUGAGCUCUGCUUCUCUCGUAUCAACCGGUCUCAAAGCUUUCGCCUGCUUCUGGGCGGCCCUCACUUUCUCCGUGGCCGCUGGAUUCAUUGCCAAAACAGAUGACUUCUUCACUCUGCUUGGCGGAAGCAAGUAUGUCAGGAGCACCCACCUCACUGCCGGAAACGCCCUCAUCGCUGCUGGUGUCCUCGCCUGGCUCUUGGUCUUGACCUUUGUCAGCCCCCGCAACAUCUGUGUCUCCGUCAUGGUCGACACCAUUUGCUUGUUCGCCCUCUUCGUCUUCUUCUUGGGUUCUUCCGCCACUCUCUCAACUUUGGCGUCACUGGCACGAGCUUAUGACACAUAUACCUGGGCGAAGCUCGGCGAAGCUACUCUCGGUAUUGCUUGGGUUAUGACCUUCCUUAUCCUCGGUAUCCUUAUCUUCCAAGUCGCAUAUGCCCUUCUCAACUUUGGCGGCUCUUACGCUACUUGGAGAAGUUCUUUCAGCCAGCUCGUCAGCCGUCCCGAGGAAGUGGCGCCUGCGACGCCUACUACUGAAAAGGAGGCCAUCUCUGCCGAGGCUCCUGUCGCGGCUGUCCCUGCCCUCGAAGUUUGA